CUCUGAGUUUGUAAGAAACGAAACACACGAACCUACAGCGGAGAGGGAGUAUCCACAGAGUCUCCUGGUCAAAGUCAUUGGAUCAAACUUGUGCCAGUCACUUCGUAAAGCACAACAUGCCCGCCCAGUGUCCCUGGGAUGAAGAGAGGACGGGAGUUUGAACAGAACAGGGAAAUGAAGUUGUCAGACAGGCCAGCCCAGCAGCUCUCUCUUUUCAACUAGGCAGCUAGCAAGUGAGGUGACAGACGGUCAUUUACAUGAAAUAUCACAGCUAUGAAGGUCGGACUCUUCAGCAACUUGUAGCUACAGUCGGUCCACUUGGAAAGCUUCGAGCACAGAUCUGAGAUAACGCUACAGACCUUUCACAGUAAGCAGCGUUACGGAGGGGAAAUAAAGCCUGCUAGCUAACCUUUAGCCACCGAGCCUCCUUCAGCUUCUAAACAAGAGUUCACACGGGAUUGGGAUCCUUCACAGCCAUGCCUUUUCCUUUUGGGAAGUCUCAGAAGAGUCCGGCUGAGAUAGUGAGGAGCUUGAAGGAGAAUGUGGCAUACAUGGAAAAGUUGGAUGCUGCAGACAGCAAAAAGUGUGAAAAGGUUGCAGAGGAGGCCUCCAAAAACCUGGCUUCACUGAAGGAGAUUCUUAGUGGGACAGGUGACAAGGAGCCUCAAACGGAAGCAGUAGCUCAGCUUGCACAAGAGCUGUACAAUACCAACCUGUUAAUUGCUCUCAUCGCUAACCUGCAGAAGAUUGAUUUUGAGGGGAAGAAGGAUGUGGUUCAUUUGUUCAGCAACAUCGUGAGACGUCAGAUUGGCACCCGUACACCCACUGUAGAAUACAUCUCUACACACCCACAGAUCCUCUUCAUGCUUCUGAAAGGAUACGAGAGUGCAGAAGUAGCUCUGAACUGUGGAAUGAUGCUGAGGGAGUGCCUGCGGCACGAGCCUUUGGCACGGACAGUGCUCUUCUCUGAAGAUUUUUACUGCUUCUUCCGUUACGUGGAGCUCUCAACCUUCGACAUUGCCUCAGAUGCUUUUGCUUCAUUCAAGGAUCUCCUCACAAGACACAAGAUCAUGUGUGCGGAUUUCCUGGAGAAUAAUUAUGACAGGGUGUUUACAGAAUACGAGAAGCUCCUGCAUUCUGACAACUAUGUAACAAAGCGUCAGUCUCUGAAGCUUCUUGGGGAACUUCUGCUGGAUAGACACAACUUCACUGUCAUGACAAAAUACAUCAGCCGGGCGGAGAACUUAAAGCUAAUGAUGAACAUGCUACGAGACAACAGCCGGAACAUCCAGUUUGAAGCAUUCCAUGUCUUCAAGGUGUUUGUUGCAAACCCAAACAAGACUCAGCCCGUGCUGGACAUCCUGCUGAAGAACCAAACCAAACUUGUGGAAUUCCUGAGCCAUUUCCAGACGGACAGAGCCGAGGAUGAGCAGUUCUGCGAUGAGAAGAACUAUCUGAUUAAGCAGAUCCGCGACCUAAAGAGGCCCGCUGCUCCAGAGGAAGCUUAAAGGAGUGAGGUUGAACUGCUCCAUCAGGUUGUAGAUGUACAGGUGGUGGCUAGGGCUGCAGAGGGCUAAGAGACAGCAUAAACAUGCUUCAUUAAGAGUCAAUAUUAACUCCAAACUAUAGGAAAGAAAAGUAAUAAUAACUUCCUUCACUUUUAUUUCUGUGUGGAUGUGGAGGUGAUUUCCAUCCACUGCAACCUGAUUGGGCCGAGAACUGUUAUUAAACCAUAGUGCUCCCUCUUAGAUGAUAAUGACAUGCAUUUAGUCUGUUCUUGAAAUGUUGGACCUUAAACUGUUACCCUUCCACACACUUUGUCACUGGCCCCUAUUCACAGCCGACACGAGCUCUGAGCUGCUCUUUAAAUCUUUCUCAGAAACUUGUCCAUAUUUUAAUGAUUGAAAAGCUGAGAAGCAAAUAUAUUAUUUUUCUAAUGUAGCUUCAUGGUAAAAAGUUAAAAUCAUACAGUAACUCUUCUCUGAACAUUGUUUAGUCUGACUAAAUACAUAGCUUUGUUUUAUUGCCUUAUUGUAAGCAGUUGUGUUGUACAGGUUAUAAAUGAUCUGAUAUAUGGCUUUGGUAGAGUUACAUGUGGAUCAUAUUGGCCAGGUCAGCACAUAGAUGGUUUUCGGUGAUUAAUGCGUACCUGUCUGGCCUUUGGUUGGUUGUGUGAGAGGUGACAGAGGUCAGAAAUGAUCCUGCAGUGCAGUUUUUGCAGAAGCAUUAGCUGGUACAGGAAGAGAAAAUCAAACCCAUAGAAGAAUCAAUUAAUUGUGCUGUGAUUUUGGGGCUGCGCUCAGUGAGGCUUACAUGACUGAAAUAGAAACAAGGCAUCAGAUAAUGCUGCAGGGUACCAGCCAUCCAUUCCCCGCUAACAUGAACAGCCAGGAUAUACCAAUUGAUCUCACUGGGAGCAUUUCAUUUCAUCCGCACAAACUGAGCAAACAGAGCGGUGAUUCAUUUAAAACAAGGAUUUAACCAACAGUAAAUUCAGGGGGGUUUUAAUUACUUGAUGAAUGUCAGAGGGACUUCUCAUUCACAGCUUGAGCGCUGCAUAACACAAGAAUAUUAUUGCAGUUUACACAGAGGUGUUGCCCACAAGGAUGCAUCACAAGUAUGUUACACUUCAAAUCUGUGAUGUUCAUAUGAGGGCGAAAUGUCUCCUUCAAAAACAGCUGACGUGCUGGAGAGGCUUUACACUGACUGUUGUUGGGGUUACUUUUCUCAUUUCAUUUAGUCAUUGAACAUUUAAGAAACAUCUGAUCUUACACUGGAUCUGAGAAUGAGGCAGGCUUCAGGUAUUGGGGAUGUUUAUUUGCCCUAACUAACUGGACCACCUGACUCUUGUGUAAACAGUGACUCCUGUUCAUACAGUCUUUAAACUUCAAAUAAUCCAUGAGAAAAGAUGGUGGCAGAUUCUUAAACACGUAAAAGGUUUAGAAUAUGAUAUCUUCGUUGAAAAGAAAAAAUCUGAUGGAGCUUAAUCAUCAAUUUUAUAACCAUCAGUUUUAAUAGAUUACUCUGCAACAUGCCUGUGAUGCAUCAGGAAGUACACCUUACCAGAUAAUAACCACAUGUACUGUUAAAACAAGAAUGAGUUUGUUUUGGAUGAUGAGCACUGAAUUUAUUUAACUCCUCACAUGCAUCACUGAUCGGUUACCUUUCAGUAAAAGACAUCUGUUGAAAUAAUUGCCUUACUGAAGCCGUUGUCAGCGACAUGGCAUAUUAGGGAUUUCAAAGAUUUGAUCGUCUGUACGCACAGUCUUCUAGUAUAUACCUCAUGGGAUUUGAGUUUGCAAAUGCUGUGUUCUAUUUACUUUCCUUCCUCUGCAAAUUAUUUUAUUUCACAACUUAAAAGGCACAAUAGUGGUUUGUAUGCAUGCCUGAACUCGACGUAUGAGUUCAAACUAGAACAGGGACUGCGACCUGGUUUUCACAGUGGAAAGCUAGAUUUUAAACUGAAACUUUCAUUUGGUGGUGCCACACAAAGGUUAAUUCAUAAUGAAUUGCAGUGUGGUACCUGGUGAUGAACUUUGCCUUAUUUAAAGACAUUUAAUAGAUGGUAAUAAUAAUGUAAAUCUCCAGACCUCUUAAUUUGUUUUUAAACCAAAGUCAAUAUGAAAAGGGUAAAAUGUACAUUUCAAGUUCAACGCAUGAACAGUUGAUUUCUCAGAUUCAUAUGUGGUCUGUUUUGUAAUCCACUUCAUUCUGCUCUGGUGUUAGUCUGUGAUUGUUCAUGCAUUUCUGUUGCAGAUCCACCAACUACAACAGGAGUAGUUCUCCAGUGGUGAUUAACUGUUUUUUACAGGAGUCACUGUCUGGUUUUCUGCCCCAGGUAGUCACUAGGUAGCAUCAGGCCUUUAUGGAUCCAUACAAUCAUUUGAGAAAUCUGCUGCGAAUGUGGCACAACGCGCUUAAAUAGACUGAAGUCCUCCACACAGUACACGCUCACGUCAUCUGUCUGAAACUAAGUUUGCCUCACAAUGUAUUUCUACAAAAACUCCUAUGGUAUUCAACAUUUCAACUUCUCUGUGAUCCUUUAUUUUGACUUGAUAGUUUUCAAAACUAUGUUAAUGCAGUGGACUUAACCCACAUACGCAGGAGUCAUUAUCAAUACGUGUCUGACCACAAACAAACUCACAGCUUGCUGACAAACAGAGGUUACAUAACAGGCAAACUUAUGUAACAACACCCAACGUUACCAGACUCUUAUCUACCACAUGAAGAUCCAUGUUACAUACAUACCAAAAAAUAUUCUUAAUUUUUUAAUCUGAACGUGCACGCAAACUUUCUUCAACUGUCACAAGUCAUGACGUGCACUCUGUGGAGGACAUGCUGUACACAGACAUCCCAUCAGAGGGAGCUGUUUGCAACAAUUGGCAUCUUGCACAAGUUGUAUAAACAAAGCAUUUCAUGUUUCUUAACCCUACCUCUAAUUAUGAGUAUAUAAAUGAAUGGUAAUAUUUUAUAGACGUCAACACAAAUUCCUUAAGAUCAAUGCUAUAUAUUUGAUGAUUCAGAGCUUUCUGUUUAUAUCUUGGUUGUGCUUUACUUUUUUACUUUGUUGCCUUCUUUUUUUUUUCCCUUCUCUUUCCACUUCUGGAUGUUUUCUUUAUUUACCAUGGGAGCGAAUUAUCUGUAAAUAACUUUAUAAAGGAUAAAGUGUGAGAGCAUUCAUCAAAAUAAAACUUUAUGGAAAUGUA